AACCCGUCAUCUUCUUUCAGAUUCAAAUCCGCCCCAUUCUGCUUUCUCUCUCUAGACUUGCAGAAGUAGCAGCAAAAAAAGCAGCAAGUUUUCAGUGGAUUCUCUUAAGUCUUACCCAAACAACAAAACCUUCUAAUAUCCACUUCCCUUCCUAUUUUUAUCCCUACUUUACUAUUUCUGUACACAAUUUUGUUCCUUGAAGCUUCGCAAGUAAGCAGCUGAGCAUAGCUGGAGAAAUGGAGGGAGCGGUUGGCGUAGGAGGAGGAGGAGGAGGCGCCGCCGCCGCCGCCGGAGGCGGACAGUACAACCCUCGUACUGUUGAGGAAGUGUUUAAGGAUUUCAAGGGUCGCCGGAACGGCUUAAUUAAAGCCCUCACUACAGAUGUGAAUGAUUUUUAUCAGCAGUGUGACCCAGAGAAGGAGAACUUGUGCUUGUAUGGGUUUCCCAGUGAGCAGUGGGAGGUCAACUUGCCUGCGGAAGAAGUGCCUCCGGAGCUUCCAGAGCCUGCUCUCGGGAUUAACUUUGCGAGAGAUGGGAUGCAGGAAAAGGACUGGUUGUCUUUAGUUGCUGUCCACAGCGACGCUUGGUUGCUUGCCGUGGCGUUCUAUUUUGGUUCCAGAUUUGGAUUUGAUAAAGCUGACAGGAAACGACUCUUCAACAUGAUAAACGAUAUGCCUACAGUAUUUGAAGUUGUGACCGGCGCUGCAAAGAAACAGCAGAAGGAGAAAUCUUCCGUCUCGAAUCACAGUAGCAACAAAACAAAGUCAAAUCCUAAACCGCAGCGGGCGGCAUCUGAAUCUCAGGCAAGGUUCACAAAACCGCCACCCAAAGACGAAGAGGAGGGAUUGGAGGAGGAAGAUGAGGAGGAAGAGGAGCAUGGCGAGACCUUGUGUGGAGCUUGCGGGGAGAACUAUGCAUCGGACGAGUUUUGGAUAUGCUGUGACAUAUGCGAGAAGUGGUUCCAUGGCAAGUGCGUGAAAAUCACCCCUGCCAGAGCCGAACACAUCAAGCAAUACAAGUGCCCAUCUUGCAGCAACAAGAGAGCUCGCCCUUGAUGAUGUAGAAAAGCAUUUUUAUUUUGAUAGACAACACUGGAUGAUGAUGAUGCUGUGUCAAUUCAGUUUCUUUGUAUUAGUCAUGCACGUUAGCCUAAUUGUGGAUGUACCUUUGUAGUGUAGCAGAACUAGUUUUCAUUUGGAACAUUCUUUAGAAUUUUAGCCUUCAUUUUACUGCUAGUGUAUCAUUAUUGUGACAAGUUUCAAGUUUGUCUCCUGAAAGAUGAAGUUCUGUGGAGAUUGUGUUACUUCUAA